AUGGAGGUCUCUCGCUUCACGCUCCUACACCAUGCUCUUUCACGAACUUCGUGCGAUUUUGUGCAGCGCGAGCUUAUUGUUGUUCGCUCGUCCAAACUCAUCGCAGAUCAUUUCAACUUCUUCGGCACUAACAUCGACAACAGCUCGACCCGGUUCAGUAUCCAGUCUCACGUCGAUGACCGCAUCCUCCACUGCUGCAUCCUCGACAUCUACAUCCUCGUCCGCCUCGCAACUCUGGUACUUGGCCCACCAUUGCACCCCAUUGUGAACCCGGAUUUCAGUGGAAACAGCAUCUGUCAAUGUGAUGACGGGCCAUCCUACCCCCAGAACACGAUCGGAACAACGCCGGCCUCGCUCUUUCAGGGGCCUUGCUACGCAACCGCGCCGCCCGCCACUACAACUGUAGCGACUGGCUCAGAUUGUCCAGUAUGGGGCCCACCAGACUGUCACAAGUCAGAAGUAAACAUCCAAAGCGCCAUCAACGCUGGCCAAGACAGGUACAAAGCGGCAAUGCUUUCCAACUGUACCGACUUCCAAUAUCACUAUGGAUAUCCCGGCCCCGACGCAGACUCCGCUGGUGAUAACUGCGCUGAAGUACUGCCUAUAGAAGAUCAUAUGCUCUGGUGGUGGGACGAGAACUCGGCCGAGUGCGAGAAACAUGAAGUCACUUUCGCCAACUGCUUCUUCGACCGUGUACCAAGUCGCAAGUAUGACGCGAGCAAUUGCACCGAUCUUGGCGGGAAUUGGUAUUGCCAGAAGCCGGAUCACAACGACUUCACUAGCUCGAACAGCACACUAGACUUCUACGUUGCUUGGAACAUCUACAACUUCGCUAUCUGGGCGGAUACAUACUACAACGCCAUCUACCGCAGCGGCUUUCUGGCAGGGCAACAGGUGUGGAAUAUGUCCGACACAUUCAUUCAACCUCAAAAGGGCCUUCCAGAGUGGGCAAUGAUCUUGUUGUACGUCUUGACCUUUGCGCUAGGCUUGAUCAGCCCAAGUGGUUGGGGCAAAGGGCUGGGAUCAAUCACAAGCACAGCGCUUGGCGAUGCUGGCAAAGCUGCAGCAUCAUCAGCGUCCCCUGCCCUGAUUGGCCACCUGGUCCCUCAAGCCUCAGACGACGGUGUCCAUGCCCUCAUGUCGUCUGCAGACAUCGAAGCCAAGCUGGGAGACCUGAUUGAGGGCCUCGCGACAACAAUGGUCACGGUCGCCGUCGACAUCCCUGGUAAUGUCACCGCCUUCGCAGAAUGGACACAUUUCGGCUACUACUACUCCGAGCCCGUAGACCAACAAACAAUGACCGACACCCUCAAAGCCGGCAUCAACAUGUUCGUCCUCUCCCAAAUGCUAGAAAACGACGGCUUCAUCAUCGCCCGCCAAGUAGACACCGACCCUCAAGCCCUCUUCACAAACGGCUCCACCGGCUUCGAUAGAGACCUCAUCAACUGCCCCUCUUACGAUAAAUACGGCAUGUGCAACGACUGGUGGCACUACUCUGAGAACGGCAACAACGUAGCGUACUCCCUGCUGCAACCAGACCGCACGCACGAACACGAAAGCUGGUCCAAGCAGAUCCACCAAGUUUUCGACCUCGGCCUCACUACGCCAGACAAUCUAAUCAUGGGCUCUCAACUCUGCUCCAUUGGAUGGAACUCCACCAAAGGCGAGAUCCCUGGUCCGGACACGGUGCAGACCCCCGGAAGCGUCGUCACGACUUGUCUGUCGAACUUGCAACUCUGUACGUGGAAUCUGAAGGAUGGGAGUACGGAGUUUACGGAAGGCCAGAAUUGCUCGUUCUAUGAGUUUUUUGCCAAGCAGGAGUGUAAAGGUGGGCCACCCUGGGUUCCGACGGGGUAUCUAGGUUAUUAUCUUUUUCAUGGCGCGAGAGCGAAUUGGUGCAAUUGA